AUGUCUGCAAAUACAGCUGUAUUCAAAAUUUGGAAAGAAAGCAAUCUUGUGACUAUGAUUCUGUCAAAAUCAUUUAAGACUUUUCAAACUCAGAGAACAGUUUGUAUUUCUACAAGAGAUAGAUUUCACUUUAGUAAUGUUAAUCAAGCUGAGACCAAGUUAGUAAGUCAAAAGACAGACUGGAAUAAAACUAUGUCGGAGGCAGAGAAGAUUGUUGGAUAUCCGACGUCCUUCUUAAGCUUAAGAUGGCUAUUGAGUGAUGAGAUUGCCAACGUUGCAUUGCAUUUGAGGAAGCUAGUUGGAUCAAAUCAUCCUGUAUUAAAAACAGCCAAGUCCAUUAUUUAUAAUGGACGUAAUACUCAGGCAUUUGGUCUUAUUUUACUGUUAAUCUCCAAAGCUGCUGGUCACUUAAAUGCAAAACCUAUAGAAGAGGAUAAAGCUGCAGGUGUAUUACACAGUCAAAGAGCACUGGCGGAAAUUACAGAAAUGAUACGCACUAGUAAUUUAAUACAUAGAGGAUUAGUAAACAUAAAAGCAAAUACGAGCUCUUUGGAUUCCACAGAAUUUAACAAUAUAACUUUCGGCAAUAAAAUAGCAUUGUUGUGUGGCGAUUACUUGCUUAGUAAUAGUUGUAUCGAAAUGGCAGCACUCAAAAAUCAAGAUCUUUUGUUAUUAAUAUCAACUGCAGUAAGAGAUUUAUGUCAAGCAGAGUUUGUAGCCCGCAGAGACAAUCAAAAUUUUCCCAUACCGGCAAUACCACCUGAGGAUCGCACGGGUUACGCAUUAAAGGAAUGGACACUUUUGAAUACUUAUGGUGCUGGAUCUUUGCUCGGAAAAAGUUGUCAAAGUACUUUAAAAAUAGCUGGUCACAGCAAAGAAAUAGAAGAGAUGGGUUACGAAUUUGGCAAACACUUAGCUUUAGCUUGGCAGGCUUCCUUGGACUUAGGUUUAUGUAUUAAUAAAGACAAAGGAAUUUUGCAAAAUUUGUGUGCUGCUCCAAUUAUGUUCCAUGUUGAACACGAUCCAUCACUUUUAAUAGAGCUCGAUAAGGGAUUGGACUCGGUUGAGAAUGUUGACUAUUUAAAGGUGCUUGAAAUUGUUGCAGCUGGUCCGGGUAUUGGAUUAACUAAAGAGCUUGUGAAGAAACACUCACAAAAGGCGAUGGAAAUUUUAAAUGUAUUUAAAGAAAGCGAUGCCAGAAAAGCAUUAUCUAAUAUUAUUGUAGCUAUAGGUGACUUUUAA